CUGGGGACCCAAUUAUAGCACUUAAACAUGGAAAAAGUCUGAUUUUCACGUCAUGACCCCUUUAAAAUCAACACAUUCUGGGACAACACACUAAAUGCGUUGUCCCAGAAUCCAUCCAUUUCUGAGUUACUAUUAAAACAUUACAUUUUGUGUUACUUUUAACACAACUUGUGUUUUAUUUGAACACAAAAUCAACACAAAGUGACACAUAAUGUGUUAAAAUUACACAUAAUGUGUUAAAAGCAUAACACAAAAAUGUGUAAAAAAAAUUAACACAUCCUUUCUAAGAGUGUUGUAUGAGGUGUCACAAUCACCUUUUUUUUUUUAAAUAGUUACUGGUGAAAAAAAUAUUCAAAGACUUUUGCUCCCUGUUUAAAAAUAUACAGCUGAAUAACAUGUGAACUGGUUGUGAAGCUUACAUCUGACCUUAGUGUACAUUUUUGGCAGAGCUCCUGUUUCAAAAGAGGGUCAUAUCAGACCAUAACAAUGAAGACGGUAUUAUCUUAUCCUCUGUCCUACUGGAAAAAAGUACCAAAACUCAGUAUACAGUCCAAAGUAUUACAUAUUUAUUUAAGAUGUGCUUUUUUGUUAUGUUGCAAAAUGAAUCAUUUACCAGACAAUGAAAUGCAAUUUAUGGUUUUCUUAACUUGGCGCUUCAAACAUGGAAUCAAAUUACACUGUUAAAAAUAAAAGUUGGAUCAACUUAAAAAAUUACUUCAAUUGGUACCACUUUAAAAUGUGAAGGUUCUUUUUUCAACUUAAAUUUUCUUACUUUUCAAAGUUUUUAUAUAGCAGGUUUCACUUUUUACAGUUUUUGCCCACCAUUUAGUUUUUACUCAUUUGUCCCCAAGGUUGUUUUAGAAAUAAUAGGAAUUGUGUUAUAGGCUAAUCUUUUUGCUUUUGUUAACCAGUUUCACACACAAAAUGAAUCAAUAAGAGUAGCAUUUAAAAAGAAAAUAAAUGCAUUUUAGCGUCGGCAAAAUCUGGGAAAUUAUUUGGCAACAUUACAGGGUCUGAAUCAAUAAAAGGAAACAGGAUUUUACAAUAACUUUGAGUUAUUUCUUCAAUGGAGAUUCAUUGGUCUACUUGAAUACUCCUGUGGUUGAUUCAUUCAAAAAACAAGAAGAGCAAAAAAAGCAGUUCUGUAUUUUUGUGACAGAUGACCACAGCAAACACAAUGUUGAUUUCUAAAGAACAGUCAACUCUCUCUGUUUUUUCCCUGGUUAGUUAUAUUUUACCUUACAAUAAUUCGUAUUAGUCAUUUGUGCAAUAAUUUGUAUUUAUAUUGGCAAUUAUAAGUGUAAGUUUCAAAAUAUUACUAACCAGGGUGCCGGGAGGGGGGAGUUAUGACAUUUUAUCUUUUAAAAUACAUUAAUUUAUCAUAGGUUUUGUGAAAUUAAAUGUAUAAGGCUACCAACCAAUACUAUUCUAUAAUUGAAUAUGUUUUGUUUAAUUAAAAUUUUAAGUUUGAGAUUGUUUUAUGUCUCAAAUUUUCUUUGGGAAAACAAGGGGGGACACGACAAAAAGUUUGAGAACCACUGCAGGUAAGUCACAAAAAAAUGAAUGAAAUUUCCAGAUUCUCAUUUUGUUUUUCCAUGAGCUUGAUGAAUUUUCCCCUUCGUAGUCUUUGUAUAUAAACAUAUAUUUUAAGGAGGAAGUAAAUCAUUGUUCUUGGUUCCUGUUGAUCAUGUGACACACGCACGCAGAGGUUAAAUUCCCGGCCACUGCUGUCCUGUCAGUGAUUAUUACAGUCAUGUCUGUGGAGAUCAGAGCAUUGAGUGUAUUAUUAUGUGUGAUACUGAACAUUUACCCAUCACAUGCUGGAAUGACAGAAUUGGCUGCACCUGAAAAUGUGAAGAUAACGUCCAUCAACAUGGGUGCAAUUCUUGAGUGGACAUAUCCAGACAGUUUUAUGGAUAAUGUAACAUAUACUGCAAGAUAUAUCCUGAGAAAAUCCAUUAUUUACAUCUGUAUGAACUCAAAAGAGCUACAGUGUGACGCAGGAGAUCUGCCUACUACAUAUGGGAGAUACUUUUUUCAGGUGCGAGCAGAGCAUCAGGGACGAUUCUCUCCAUGGACAAAUGCAUCUGAAUUCAUACCAAAAGACCACACUAUCAUAGGACCACCUACUGUACAUCUUGCCAUCAGAAAUAAUAUUUUGGAUGUGCAUGUUCAAGACCCAGUGCUGAAAGUGGGCACACUUACAGUUGUUUACUUCCCAGUGUCUUACAUCAUCAAAUAUUGGAUUGAUGGCUUGGAAGACUCAGUGAUAGAGAAAAAGAUUAAAAAGACAGAAGAGGACAAGAUGGAAGAUGUCAAAAGAAGCAUAAAAGCGUUAAGCUUAUGGAGCAGAUAUUGUGUUCAGGCUCGAGUGGUUCAUAAGGACUACACAAAUCUGACCCCGUUCAGUACACCUGUUUGUGUGCUCAAUAUUCCUGUGGGGACCAGUUGUGUGAUCGCCGCAGCCAUCCUGCUUCCUCUGGUGAUCCUGGCUUCCUGGAUGAUAUAUAAAAUGAAAUCGUUUCUGUAUCCCAAAACCAAACUACCAGAUCGUUUCAGCAAGUUUGAGGCCAUACAACAUGCAACAAAUCAGAAAGAAAGGCUGGAUAAAAUAAGUGCCAUAACGGAGGAACAUCUUCAUGAUGGGCUCAGUGUGAAAGACAAGAUUUCGGAGGAAACGUCCUGUCUAACCCCGAUCCAAAUGGAAGAUGACUACAAACACCUGAUGCAAACAAAACCAGCACCUACUUUUUACCCAAACCAUAUCUACCCAUUGUGCUUGAAGAGCAAGCUGCUUACUCAUUUAAAUCAACCUGGGAUCGGAAGCUCCAAUGCCAUUCAGACCUACUACAAUUUUAACGACCCCAACAUUGAUGAGAAAAUAACUAAUAGUGUUUACUGAACACUGUAAAAACGUUUUCUUACCUGGUUGCUUUAAAAUUUUAAGUAAAUUUAACUUAAAAAUUUAGUUGACACAACAAUUUUUACCCAGCUUUUUUGAGUCAACUAAUAUUUUUAAGUUGAACCAACAAAUCUUAAUUUACAGUGAAGGGACUGCUGGACAAUUUAAGAUUUGUCUGUUACAGAAUAUGUUUGUUAUUAGCUAUGACAUUUGUUAUAUUAUAUCUGGUGCAAUAAGUCUCUACGUAUACAGUAUAUUUAGAAUGUAAAUAAUUUCUGUGUUGAGAAAACAGUUUAUUUUUUUAAUUUAUUGUUGUAAAUAAUGUGUUUAACAGUAAAUGAAAAAGGAACAAUC